AUGGUUCUCUCGCGCACUUCAUCUUCGUCGACGGUGACCAUCGCCGCUCCUCCCUUCCCGUUCCCCACCAUGCAGUCCAACCACUCGCACGAUUACCUGACUGGGAACCAGCUCGACUCUGCUCCAGGUCCCAGUCAGCCUCACCAGUCGCAGCGCCUCCUCUCCCGGGUGCUGCCCGCUCAUACACACUCGACGGAUCGCCCAAAUGAAUCUCAUCAGCCGUCAGCAACAUCACACACACCAGCUCGAGGCUCAUCUCCACCUCGACUCGUCGCACCCACCACGCCUUCUUUUUCACGAUCGCUCGACACCACACCACUCAAGUCUGCCUUGCGCUUCAGCCAUCCACCUCCAGCGCCUUCAUCCUCGUAUCAUCAUUCCAUGACUCCACAAUCGAAACGAACACGGUUGAGCCUUCCAGACUCGGACUCGAUCGCCAAUGGAACCUCUCCCCGAUCGCAGACAUCGAGCGAGCUGCACCGUUCCCAUGCAAGCUCAUCGUCCACAGGACCGCUCACCUCACCCUCUUUCUCAAAUGUUAGACCGCUUUCUGGCAUCUCACGGCCCCUACCGCUGCCUUCCACGCCCUCACAUUCGCAGCGAUCUCCCCUCGCGCCCUCGCGCAACGUCACUUUGAUACCCAUGCCACAGCGCAGCAUCGAAGACCUAGAAAAGCUCUUGCCCCCGCGUGCACCGCCCACACUUCGCAACGCAGCUCAAGAGUCCCCGCGCCGUGCACUCUUACAAGCCAUUCCUCCACGUCCACCAUUGCCAGUGCAAGCACAGCAACCCCCUGCACGUCCGCUUCCACCAGCAGUGGAAGAUCUUCCAUCAAAGCGAGGGUGGUCCUUAACCGGCUUUCGAUCCUUCGACCUCGACCUCGAUCGCAUCGCUGAGGUCGUACAGCGUGAGCACGCUCGCAUCGACGGUCCUUCAUCGUCGGACCCUCACAACGAUGCAUCCAGCUCCAGGCGACCCUACUUUGGUCUUGCAGAUCGCGGCCUCCCAUCCGGAUCCACACUCGAAGUGCUGGGUCCGCCCGGCAGCGGCAAGACCAGCCUGCUCCUCCAAUUCGCCGUCACCGAAAGGCUGCGUGCCCUCGGCAGAGCUCGAGACUCGCUCAAAGUGCACGAUGACAGUGACGAGUCAGUAGCCGAGCCGAGCGACCCUCCCGGCACAUUCGACGACCCGAGCUACUUCUCCGAAGAGUUCUGGGAUGCUGAAAUAGCCUGCGCAGACCAAGUCUUGAUCAUCGAUUGCGAAGGCGCAUUGCUGCCAGAAAGGAUAAGCGACGCAGCUUGGAAGGCUGUGACCUCGCUGUGGUCAUCAUUGCUAGAUCAGGAGCAAAGUGCACACGGUCCAGAUGGAGAGACUAUGUCCUCGAGGUCGGCGCUGCCUCAGCAACGGGAAGCUAUGCCAGAGGAGGUGCGUCGGUUGGUGGCAGCCGUGUUGGCCGGAAUUCAUGUCAGUCGCGUGACAAGCCUGGCCGAGCUCAUCGCUCUCUUGCAUUCGCUGCGACCGACAGACGAGCUGCCAGCUGCAUCGUCGAAGAAGGCGUUGCCGUCAUCACUACCGCCACGGACUUCUUUGAUCCUGAUCGACUCGCUAUCGUACUACAUCAGGUCGUCGGGCGGGACGAGUCAGCAUCGGAAGACUGCUGCACAAGUCAGCGAGCGUAUCCGCGAGAUGCUGCUGCGCCUUCAGAAGCCCUUCGAGUACCGACCACAGCCCGACCUCGCGGUAGAGGAGCAGCAGACGGCAAGGCAGCGAUGCGUGGACGCGGCUGCCAAGCUAUGCGCUCCCACGAUCGUGUUCACAAAUCAGCUCGGCAUCCGAAGAGGUCGCAACGAGUCCGAGACUUCAGGGCGAGCCAUCCCAUCAGGUUGGUCGGCGAACGGCAAUGGAGCUAGCCGUUCUUACAAUAGGGGCCAUGCACGCAACGAGGGCAAUUCGAUGCUGGCACCGCUGCUCAAUGGCACGAGACCACCUCAACCUGCCAGGAUCCGUGACGAACGACCUGCGCCGAGCGUUGCACUCAACGGCCCCGAAAUGUGGGACGAGAGUGAGCAACCAUCAGCAUCGCCGCGUCAGGUGCAGCAGCUCAGCGGGCGAAUCAUUGCCUCGCAGCCGAUGGGUCACGAUCGAGGAUGGCCGCCAAGCUUCCUGGGUCAGGACGUAUGGCGCGUGUUGCUCUUCCGCCAAGGGUCGUUCGGGGAUCGAUACGCACAGAUGGUGUCGGUGCCGCCAGCGGUACAGAGCGAGCUGAGCAUGCUGUGGGCACAGACGAGGGAGCGAAUGCGUCAGCGAUCCCGAGAUCGCGCGACUGCCGCAAUGGCUGCAGCAACGGAUGCGGCUACCAGCGAUAGUGCUGGACAGCAGGCCGACACAAAUCCAUCAGCGGAGUUACUGGCACCACAAGAAGCUGUGGGGGCCCGUCAGGACGACGAGAUGCCCGCAAAUCCGGAAGAAAGGUUGGCUGCACAGGCCGAAGAUGCGAAGGAAGAGCAGGACAAGCAGAUGCUCGAGCUGCUGAGCCAACUCAGGGCAAGUCUGUUCCGCUGGCGACCUUUCCACGUCUCUUCGCGCGGUCUCAUCUCAUGA